UCUUUUCAUUUGCAAGACAUUGUAUAUGUAGAUAGAGUCAGAUGUCAAGUAAUCUAAUAAAACCCAACGACGACAUUUCAUGCAAACUAAUUUCAUCCUUUUUUUAGGCGAAUUGCAUGGUUUGGUUAGAUCUUGCAAAUAUUUUUACGUAAAACAAACUCAAAACUCGACACAAAUUACAGCAAAGUUCUCACUCCCCCUUACCAUUUGAAACGUUCAAAGUUCAAACCCUAAAUAAUGUAACCAAUCUCACGACAAACUCUCCCACUCUAACUGUGACCAUAUCUCACUCCGAUCCUACACACUCCAACACACCCAUUCUAUGUGUUUCUUGGGCUAAGGAAACGCUGCAAACCUACGACCAGAGAUCAGCUCUCCGUUGACGGAAUGAUGGAGACGAGAUCCGCCAAGAGGAGGAAAAUGUUGUCCCUUAAGUACAGGAUCCUGACGGCUGAGGGAGGCCAAGGAGGCAUCGACCACAUCAGUAACCUCCCGGACGAUGUCCUCCACCGCAUCCUUGGUUUCUUGCCCAUCGAGACGAUCGCAAGGAUGAGCAUCCUCUCCAAGAGGUGGACCCAGAUUUGGCGGUCCUUUCCCGAUCUCGAUUUCACAACCAUCCGGCAGAAGAACCCGGACCAACUCAAGGUGAUGGAUAACCUGGUCAGGUCCAUGUCCAGGCUGCACAGGUUCGAUAGGCAACGCGUCCGCAACUUCCUCUACCUAUGUGACCGGGACUUCAUUCGUGAUGUCCUGUCCGUCAGGGACAAGGGGUCCAACCUACGGGCCCUCAGGGUUGGGGCCUUCCUCAGCUUCACUUGCCUCAACAAGCUGAUCCGCGAGGCGCUGAAACAGAACGUGAGGGAGCUCGACAUCGAGUUUGCCACGGAGGACUAUUUCAACAUGCCGAAAUGUAUUAUCUUGAGCGAGUCGCUCCGGGUGCUUAAUUUCAAGCCCCAGUUCCCAGGCUUUCGGUUACCCUUUCUCUCGGUCAUGAAGGGCGGGUUCCAAUCUCCCCUGCAGGUGCUGUCGCUCUCGCUCUUGCUCAUAGAAGGCGAGCUGGACAUAUUCACUGACUCAGUCUUCCCGGUACUUAGGAAACUCUCGCUCUCCGAAUUUAUGCACCUGAGGCAGAUCAAGGUGAGCUGCUCGGCAUUGGAGGACAUGACUUUGGAGAAGUGCUCCGAGUUGGAUACCUUGGAGGUAGUCGGGUCAAGGCUCGAGCGGCUAAGGGUGGCCAGCUGCUUCCACUCUCUGAGAGGGAAGAGCAUGGUGAAGGUGCACGCGGCGAGGCUCCGGGUGCUGGAGUGGGAACAGAAUCACUUGACGGAGGACUGCUUGCUCCAGAACUUGACUGCACUCCACCAGGCAUCGUUGUAUGGCUUGACCAAGUUCCAUGAAUUCGCACCGCCAGCUAUCAAGCUCCGUGCUGCAUGGAAUUUCUUGCAUGGGCUCUGCCAUGUGCAAUGCUUGAAGCUUGAUACCCCGUGCAUGAAGCUCCUGCAGCAGCUAGCAGAGAAAAACUACGGGCCGCUGCUACCUUUUAUCAAUCUAGAGACUUUGGAGCUCCGGACUGUCUUGACCCGAAAUAAUAUUGUUCCAGCCCUUGAUUUGCUAUUCAAGAGCUCUCCUUCCCUGUGCUCUCUCAUCCUCACUAAUACCGAUUACUGCAGCUACGAACGGAGUGAAAGAAAAGAUAAGGACUGGUGGGAUGCGACGUCUUUGGAGGAAGAGAAGAACUGGGAAACUCAGAUGACUGCGAUGACGUCAUUCCUUGAGAAGUUGAAGGUAGUAAAGAUUCAUGGGUUCAGCGGAUGCAAAGGCGAUGUUAGCCUUGCAAAGUUCCUGCUCAGGCACGGGAAGGCUCUGGAGGAGAUAGUCCUCUGCUAUGGAAAUGAAAGGAACUCUCUCCUUGAAAAGAAGAUUAAGUCACAGAUGAUGGAGUUCUCUGCGGCUGCUUCCAGUGCUAAGAUCUUAUUUGAAUAGGUCCCUUGCUAAACAUUGUUUUCUGUUGUCUAUUCUUUUCGAGACUGGAUAUUGAUUAUUGAAAACAAUGGGUAGAAGAUAUUGAAUGGUGAAGUCUGAUAAUUGAUCUAAGGAUGAUGUCAUAUUGAAAUGGUCGGACAGCAGGAAGCUCAAUCCAACCUGAACCUCGAUGAUUGCUUUGAAUCGUGUAAAUUUUCAUUGGACCUAUAAGCGAUUGGGCCUUCAGCCGAAAAGCUCUAGUUGAUAGGUGGCAGUAAAUGAGCACCUUCUACACUAGUGG